UCCUAGGAUGGAAAUUCUCACUCGUCGCCGCCGGCGCUCCAACUCGAGCUCGACAGCCAUGGCCUCCGAGCUAGCGUUAGCACCACCGGCGGCGAAACACCCGCCACCGGCUCCCACCACCAUCACAGAUAUCGGCGACGACCUCCUGCGCGAGAUCUUCCUCCGCCUCCCCUCCCUCCCGAGCCUCGUCCGCGCCGCCCUCGCCUGCCCCACCUUCCUCCACGCCGUCCGCUCGUCCCCCGCCUUCCGCCGCCGCUUCCAGGCGAAGCACCCGCCGCAGCUCCUCGGAUUCUUCACCCACCCCCGCGGUAACGAGGUGCCUACCUUCUCCCCCCUCCGCAGCCGCUCCGACCCCGAUCUCACCGCCGCCGUGCGUGGCGCCGAUUUCCUCCUCACCCGCCUCCCGGAAGACAGCUGCAGUCCCUCUCUUGGGUGGGAGAUAGCGCGCUGCCACAGCGGGUACCUCGUCCUCGCCAACAGCACCACCGACCAGAUCGCUGCCUACAACCCCCUCACGCAGGCACUGGAUCUCUUCCGCCAGCCACCCGACCAGAUCGCUGCCUUCUUCCCCCAGCCACCCGAGCAAGUCCUCGUCUCCCUCAAGGGCCGCUCCUUCUUCACUGAGUUCCACAUUGUCGUCUCGGAAGAGGACCAGGGGAUGUUCCGUAUGGUCUCUGUCCAACACCGGAACACGCAGGGGCAGCUGCAGGCGUGCAUCGCCGUCUGCUCAUCGGCCACUAGGGAGUGGAAUGUUUCGCCGUGGGUGGACACCCCAACGCCGCUGCAACCUGAGGAUGAUCAACCUGAUGAGGAUGAUGGAGAAGAAAUGCUAUAUUACGCUGGCAUCCAGUCAAAUGGAUUCGUUUACUGGAAACACACGAGUCAAGCCUAUGUACUCGUUCUCAACACCGCGACACUUCAAUUCUCUAGAGUGGAUUUGCCAUUGUUUUUGGGAGAGGAAGAGUCCCCUAAGCUAUUUAGUUUUGGCCAUACCAAGGAUGGGAAGCUCUGUAUGGUUGCCGCAAAUGACUCUGAUACAACGAUUGGAGUACUCAUUGUUUCGUUUUGGGCAGCUGGUAAAGACGGCGUUGAGAAAUGGCUGCUGCAAGAUAUGUAUCCACUGAGUACAUUUCUUGAUGCCACCAAGUCUUCAACAGAGGAUCAUGCCACGUUGGAAAUUGAAGGGGUUAUCGAUGGCUUUGUGUACAUGUCUAAUAAGUAUGAUGUGCAUACUCAGUCCCUCCUAUCCUUCUGCCUAGAAACAGGAAAGCUUAACAAGCUUUUCGAUGAUACCUACGUAACCCCUGCUCAUCCCUACAUCAUGGCGUGGCCUCCUUCUUUGAUAUGCAACAAGGUGAGCAAUUUCUUGAAUAUUAUGAAGGAUUCAGAAACAAAGUUACUGUAGAGCGUGUGGCGGCAGAUGAUGGUCCUGUGGGCACAUCAGAAUCUUGACAUCAUACAAGGGAGCUUUGAUUAAUGCUGAUGAGACAAAAGUCUCGGAGGUACAAGCCUUCUUUACUUCCAUUGAUGAUGAUAAGAGGUCCCGUGUGAGCAAGACCACUACUCUAGAUUUGUAACUGAACUGUGAGAGUUCUUGCCUUGAUGAUAAGGAAGUUGUCGAGAGCUGUUGCCUCUGGCCAUCUAUUUGCGAAUUGAACUAGCAGCAUGGUGUAUUUCUUCUGAUGAAAUGAGUUCUUGUUUAAAUGCGUUGGUACUUCAUUUUCCGGAUGGUGUGAAGAGAGCGAGAGGCUAAACAUUGUGCUAGUUUCAUCUCCUGGUAGAGUAGCAAAGAUACACUUGAGCCAUAAGCUUUGUCUAAUGUGUGUAACCAUCAGUCUUUCUAGGUGGCAAGAUGCUAAGCCAUGAGCGUUAUCUUCCUCUGGAGGUUUACUAGUAAAACUAUUUGAGGUUUACUACUCAGGGAAGCAGAUCAUAUGCAUA